GGGCUCCUGUUCACCAAUCCUCCAAGUGACUCCCAGCCAUGAAGACACUCGUUCUCCUCUCUGCCCUUGUCCUGCUGGCCUUCUAUGUCCAGGCUGAUCCUACCCAAGAGACUGAUGAAGAGACUAAAACUGAGGAUCAGCCAGGGGAAGAGGAUCAGGGUGUGUCUGUCUCCUUUGAAGACCCAGAACGCUAUGUUCUUCAAGUUUCAGGCCUAGGAAGGUCUCCGCAGUGCCCAAAGUGCCCAGUGUGCUUGAAGUGCCCACAGUGCCCANAGUGCCCGGGGUGCCCGAGGUGCAAUUGCAUGACAAAAUGAAACUGCAAUUGUCACCAAAGGUCCUAAUAGACAGCAUAGACAGCAGCUGAACAUGGAAUCCGGGUNCAGAAAACCAUUUGCUCUUGGACCUCNAGAUCUGUCAAUACCCUUGUGUUUAGUUUUGACUGUUUCAUUCUCCAAUAAACUUCUUGCAGAAAA